AUGGAUGAAGGGAAUAUGGAGAGUCAACUAGAUCUCUAUGGUUCUGAAUUACCGAAUAGCAUAAAUUGUUCUGGUUUGCCUCCACAUAAAUUAAUACUCAAGAUUGGUGUUCCGGUGAUGUUACUGAGGAGUAUUGACCAAUCCAGUGGUCUUUGUAAUGGUACAAGGCUACAAGUUAGGAAGCUUGGAAAUCAUGUCAUAGAAUGUGAAGUCUUAACGGGUAACAAUGUUGGUCAUAUUGCUUUGAUUCCAAGAAUGAAUAUGGUACCAACAAAUGAAACCGUCCCAGUUAGAUUCCAACGAAGACAGUUUCCCAUAAUAGUAUCGUUUGCCAUGACAAUUAAUAAGUUCCAGGGACAAACUUUAUCUCAUAUUGGAUUGUACUUGCCCAAACCAGUUUUUACACAUGGCCAACUAUAUGUGGCACUUUCAAGAGUUAAGAGUAAGAGAGGUUUAAAAGUUUUACUUAUGAAUCACGUAGGAAUGUCUGCAAAUUCAACUAUCAAUGUUGUUUAUAGAGAAGUCUUUGAAAAAAUAGUAUUCUAA